AUGGCUAGGGCCAGUGAAAUACAACACGCCAGUCACAAUAUGGCCAACAAUUCAUCUGUGUAUCAGGAUGGCGAUGCGUGUUCCAAAGCUCUGUUGUGCUCUGAAAUUUUCGUCGUCGCCACGUUCGUGUCCAUAGUAGGAAUCCUGGCCAAUUUAGGAGUGGUUGGAAUUAUAUUAUAUACACGGCGUCUCCACAAACCCAUUUUCCUUGGAUUCGCGGCGUUGGCAUUGGCGGAUUUCCUUUAUUUAGUAUUCAACACCCUCCGCGUGCAUCUGAAUUGGUUUACUCCAAAUGAAACCGAAAGUGAAACGGCUGCUAUUGUACUCGGUGUCAUGACCAUCACAAGUGCCUUUUCAUCAGCAUCUCAUGUGACGUUCCUAUCUGUACAACAGUACUUCAUGAUCGCACACCCUCUGUCAAGUUUGGCAAGACAGACAAACAAAACCGUCUUUUAUGCUUCUCUGUCUAUCUGGAUAAUCUGUACCAUUCCGUCAUCCGUCUAUAUCUUUGCUGUUAAAAUUAGUGGGGAUGAGGCAUUUGGCAGAAUUGUGAAUUUUGUUAUUACCGUUUCCGUGACUUUCCUGCCGAUUUCGGUCAUUCUUAUUUGUCAUUUUUUAAAGCUGAAAGCUCUGAGGAAAUCGUUCACCAACGAUAGACAGACUACGCGUCAGAAGAUGUCCAAAAUAGUUUCUGUCGUCAUCCUGUCUUAUCUCGUCACCACACUACCAAUUAAUGUACACGACACAGUAAAAUUGGCGGGAAAAAUACAAAUAUCGAAACUAUAUAUUGUGUUAUAUCGAAUAGCGUUUGUGUUACUUCAUCUGAACUUUACUAUAAAUCCUUUUAUCUAUUUUAUAUUUACACCGCAUUGCCGACGAGUAGUUCUGCUUAUGAACUGUUUCAAGUGCUAUAAAGACAACUCUGCGGAGAUUAGUUCUAGACAGACAAGAAGUACGCUGUUGUCGGAGGAAUACUGCUAUAGAAGGCAAAACAGGGAAGUGAAAAUCACAGCAAUGUGAAAAAUUAAAUCACCAUUAACUGAACAGAAUUGAUUUUUCACCGUUUGGUAGUUCAAACGCGGCUUAAGAAUAUGGAGAA